UUGUUUCACAGACAGACUAAUGACACUCGCGGUGUAUUGUUCGCUUCACCCGUUUCUACUGGAUCCCUGUAGCCUACCAGCUGGUCUGUAUCGUCAUCCCGGGAACAGUGUCUGUCACUGUGGAUGCUUUGACUGAGAUUUCGGGUAGACCACCUAUAGGCCUAUAGACUCGUUUCAUAUUGUUGAAGAGGUCCGAAAAACGCAGCCAGCAAGAGACGACGGGGCAUGUUGCUACAGAGCUAAUAUUGACACAAUAGACCGAUAACUAGUGUGAAGGCGAAAGUGAGAUGUUGUUCACUCACUGACACAGAAAACAACACAAGGAACUGUACUAUUUUACUAACGGUAUCUCGGAGUCUCAAGAGACAAGAAACCAGCAGCGGAUGUCAGGUGUUUCUGAGCUACAGUGUUAGUGUGAUGGACCACCAACAGUGUGAUGGAGGCCAUGUGUCAGAGAGCUGUGACUCACCCGGUAACGGGGACUCCUGGCUACCACCUGCCAAACUGUCCCGCCUGGAGAUGAAUGGUGGCAUGGGCCCCUCAGGGCCAUACCAGGGCAGGACAAGACAGGGGAGCCCAGGGACCAGAGCCCCCACCCCGGCCCCCAUACCGGCCCCCAUACCCACGAUACCCGCACCACAACCUAAGAACUGGCAUAAGAGAGGGAGCCUGCUGCCUGUGCUGUGUGUGGUGGAGCACAGAGAGAACCCAGUCUCGGCAGUGGAGGCUGAGAGGCGAGAGGAGCAUGCAGAGUUUGUACUGGUCAGGAGAGACCUGCUGUUUAACCAGCUGAUAGAGAUGUGGGACUGCAUGCUCCUGAUCCACAGACGCUGA